AGAAAAGGAAAAUAACAAUAGAUGAUUCUGUUGGAUAAGUUUUUCCAGAUUGGAUCUAACAAGGCGUUGAACAAGGAUUUUAUAAUGACUUCUUGGAUAACUCUGACGCCAAGGCUAAGAGAAGGCCUGGAUAUUAUAGAUAGAAUUGAUUCUGGUAAACUUCGUCUACUCGCAUCUAGAAUCUGCCAAAGCUUACAGACAAGUGUUGAAGGCAAUGUGUUUAGUCCGAGUCAAGAGGAAAAAUUGUCAGUUUCAUUAGGGCUGAAUAAAACAGAGUUGAGUUUACUUCUUGACACUACGACACUGAUCUAUGCGCAAGCUGCUUAUUAUGUUGUUAAGCCUGCUUUGAUGGAAUCUGACAUGAAAGAAACAUUCGCUAUUCAAAACGAAAAAGCUGAUGUACUCGUUCAGAUCUGGGCUACCUACGCAAAGAGUAUAGUUGAUGAAUUACUACAAAAAUCUAUUUUCCCAGUCCAGGUUACAGAGAUUAAUUGGAAUCUCAAUGUCCAGUCUUCGUCCACGGUAAUGGCUAAAGAUAUGCGUUCAACUGUAAUGCUUCAAGUUGGGCUAAACGAUACUUCGAGCAAGCAGUCAAAGUCAUCGAUAACUAUUGAAACCGACAAAACAGGCUUAUUAGAACUGUACAAUAAUUUAGAAAAGAUCCAAAGCCAAUUAGAUUCCCUUAAAUAAGGAUUCAAUUGUAAAAAUACAAUAAACUAUUGAUUGUUGAAGAAAAGAAUAAAAAAUCUAUAAAACAAGUGUUA